GGGGUACACGGGGGGGGGCAGUGACGUCACUGCGUCGUGGCAUCGUCAUCGUCAUCAGCGGUAGCAGCGGCCGGCUCCGAGCUGAAACUCGAUCCCGAUCACUCCUUGAGCCGAUUCAUAAUCAUCGAUCAUCAACCCAUCGAUCAUAAUCGAUCGGUGAUUCUACUGGGUUUCUGUCUCGGUGACUUGCGGGUUCCCGUUCCGGCAGUGGCCAAGUCGGCGAGCCGCCGAAGGCCCAAGCCAAAGGCCCAAGCCGCUUCCCUGCCAGCGUUGGGGAAGACUCACAGCUGGUGAGUGGUACUAUAGACUGGAGGAGCCAUGGCGAGCCCCAGGACCCGGCGAGUACUCAAGGAAGUCCGUGGCCAGGACGACAACGGGACGUGCUUCGAGUGCGGAGCGUUCAACCCGCAGUGGGUGAGCGUCACCUACGGCAUCUGGAUCUGCCUCGAGUGCUCGGGGAGGCACCGGGGGCUCGGGGUGCACCUCAGCUUCGUGCGCUCGGUCUCCAUGGACAAGUGGAAGGACCUGGAGCUGGCGAAGAUGAAGGCGGGGGGCAACACGAGGUUCCGUGCCUUCCUGGGGGAGCGUGACGACGUGGAGGAGGGGUGGACGCUGCAGGAGAAGUACAACAGCCGCCCCGCCGCGCUCUACCGUGACAAGAUCUCGGCCCUGGCCGAGGGGCGCGAGUGGUCCGAGGAGACGUCGGAGGCCCGGAACUGGGUGCCUCCGCAGGCCGGCGGCCGCCUCAACGCCUCCCACAGGAACAGCAGCAGCAGCAGCUCCAAGCAGCAGCCGCCCUCCUCCUUCGCGACGACCAACGACUAUGAGGACUGGCUCGGUGAUGACAGCUACCAGAGCGGCGGUGGCCACAGUGGCCAUGACAGCCGCUACGUCGGCUUCGGCAACACCGUGGAGCCGCAGAAGAAGGACGAUGACCUCCUCAACACCGCCAUGUCCUCCUUCUACUCCGGCUGGAGCAGUUUCACGGUGGGAGCGAGCAAGAUCGCCACCGUGGCCAAGGAAGGGGCCGCUAAACUGGGAUCCCAGGCAUCUCAAAAGCUGUGGGGCAACAAGGACCCGGCAUCUGAGCUAAGCCAGACGAUGAGUGAUAACAUCAUCAAGCCUGCGACAGACAAGGUUAAGGACGGCAAGAUUCUGGACGACGUGUCGUCGUCGGUCUCGCACCUGGCCACAAAGAUGCAGGACGUGGGAGCCAAGGGCUGGAGGGAGGUGUCGAACCUGUGGUCGGGAAGACAGGGCCACGAGACGCUCCCCGGGGUCGACUCCCCACACCGAGAGGGCGACACAGCAGCACAGAACAGCAGGAAGUGUGCUGACGGGACCUUCUGGGAUGACUUUGGGCACGAGUCGCAGUCCGGGGCGCCAGCGGCUGACAUCGACAACUGGGACUUUGUGAGCGAGCACAGCCCAGCAGGGACGCGGGACGGCUGGGGUGCGGAGCAAGACGACAAGAAGGCCGGCGGCGGCGGCGGCGGCGGCGGCAGGGGUGGCGGCGGCAGGGGUGGCGGCGCCGGCGAUCCACGCCGGCAGGACAGCUGGGACGCCUCCUGGGAUUCCGGCUGGGACGUCGGCAAGAAGGAGAAGAGCAAAGCGAACGGCGGCGGCGACGCUGGAGGAGGUGGGGGAGCCGUCGACAGCAGCAGCAGCAGCAGCAAGCGGGCAGCCAAGGCCGAGGAGCAAGACGCCUGGGACGCCGUGGGGUGGUAGCCGGGAUGGGAGAGACGCUCGCUGGGUCCGCGAGCGAAGCCACGCCCCCCCCCCCAGCGGCGGCCCCUCCUCCGAGUUGCGACGGAUGUCGUACUGGACUGGGGGGUUCGUAUCCAGCGUUGGUGGGGGGCGGCGGCGUCCGAUGGCCGAGUCGGCGGCGCGUUAAAUGUCAUCUCGAUCGGUCUUCGUCGGUGUGGUGGAGUCUUACAAGGGAGGGGGGGAGCAGCCCACGUUUCUCUCUCUUUGCACCCUCCAGCGUUUCGGUCCCCCCCCCCCUGCUGUGUCACCUCAAGGUCAAGAUUUUUUAGCGAGGGGGGGGGAGAGAGGAUUAGUCGGCAUGUGUGCGCACGUACGUACAUUGAAGUUGCGUCGCAUCACCGCACGUAGCCAACCGUGAUAAUCGGAGGUGCGGGGUUGGGGCGUGGAAGGAAGAUGCUGCCAAGUUUCAGUGUUCGCGGUACCGGGUGACGUCGCUGCUACUCUGCGCGUGUGGCUCCCAAUUGAGUAUUUGCAGGUGAACAAAAGACCGUCAAGCAUUGGGGCCACGUUCCGGAAAGUGGGAAAUCGUUUUUAACCUCGAGGCAAUCUGAAAUAAAUAGGCGAAGCAUCGUUCCGUACGGUGGUCGUGAUAUUGGGCCUGCGGCGAAGGGCUUCACGGGAGAUUUACGGCUCAGCAGGGCAUGCGGUGCGAUUUAAACUCGGAUAACGCCGCCUUUUAAACAACGUAAUAUUUUCGUUCGUCAUCAGUUGUGAUCCCCGUGCCAGCAAUUCUCUGUGUGGUUUGCCUGAGGGGGGAGAUGAGUGUUUCGGCCCCAAGGCCCCACUUAUCGAUUUUUUGUUUUCUUCCUCUCCAUGCGCAGGUAAUUACAACAUCGACGCCGGAACAUGUCGGCUCAAUCUUAUUGGCCCCAGUGCAUUCGUCCCUCCAAAUUGCAGACGACAGCGAAGCGUUUUUUUUUUUACCUGCAGAGUGGAAACUGACGAUCGGUACCACGGAUAACACAUUUUAUCUGCUGCAGUGCCGCCGCCGGCGAGUAAGUAAAAACCUUUUGAUAGUUAUUAAUUAAAAUCACGCCGUCAGGAUUUCCUUCACGACUAGCUGCCGUGGGUCUUAAACGAGCCCUGCACCGCGUCAAAAUGAAUCGCGGCCGAAUACUCUAAAGACGCGCGGAAAUGUCGAUCAUAAAUGCGGAGGAGGGAAAAAGCGCGGGAGCCGGAGAUAAAUCCGCGCGACCACGGGCAGAGAGAGAGACACCGCAAACUCCAAAUGCACAGCAGGCGUCAGGGGUCAGGGGUCGAUCCUACGAUCUCCUGUAUACCUGGCGAGGUAGUUGACGUCUUGCCACUGCCGCCGUCACUGCUGUUGAUGUAUUUUAAGUGUUGGGGCGGGGAGGGGGGGGUCUGAUUGUGGCGAUGACUGCGCAGACAUUGGCAAUCCGAGGGAUGUUCAGGAAAUUCAAAUUAAAACUGAUGGAGGGGAUCCGUUGACGCGUGAUGUGCCCACUGAACAAAGACAAAGAUCCCCGUCUAGCCUCAACAGACUGUUGGGGCAAGUGCUGUUAGCGAGCACCUAUGAAGGCCGGCACUGUGGCACACCAUGGGGUGGGUGGCUCGACCGCCUUUGUCUCCCCAGUCGUGAUGUUUACUACACACUGCACCAGGUACUCAUUUGAGGCCGAGUCGGCCUAGGGGAACCAGUUCAGAUAAUCGUCACCUGCGUUGGCCGUGAGCGGGUAUCGAACUCAGGUCGCCGGGUUCGUAGUACAGCACAGCGCUAACCGCCACGCUACCGCUCCCCACACUCGCACACAAACACAGACACACUCGCACACAAACACAGACACACUCACACUCGCGAGUCUGCCUGGAGCCUGUCCGCCGAGGGUUCCGUUGAGCGAGCGCGAAACGCCUUUCUCGCGUCGGGUCACGCCGACCGCUCUCUCAUUUCAGUGUUCCGGUCGCCGUGAUAAAAACAUUCGAAGGGAAACAAUAAUACAAAAAUUACUUGUGGACGGUAACGUCACGGUCGUAGAUUCACAUCGAGUCUUCGUUGGUGCCCAAUAGGAGUUGGUUAACUCCGAUUCAAUGAAAGGCUGUGGGAUCUUGGCUUCAACGUGACUUUACCGAAAGAACCAAGAAUAUAAGAAAACUUCUCUUGAAUAACUUUUUUUAGGCUUAGCCCCAACUUGGACUGGAGUCCAACAUCACGUCGCUUUAACCCUAAAAACUUUGGGUGCUUGUACAUUUUAUGAUGACAAAUUCUCCUCGUUUCAAGCUCCAAUCUUUCCCAUGUGCUCUUUGCGUCUGUUGCUUGAUUUUUUACUUUACUUACAGCCUUGUCAAUCCACUGCUGGAUGAGGACCUUGCCCAUGCUGCUUUGACCAUACUUUACCACCAUGCUGGUCAGUGCGGGCUGGUGAAGUUGUAGGAGGAAGCCAGGAAUCGGUUCAUGUGUCGCUCGUCACGUAUUCACCAUGGCCAGGAAUCGAACUCUGGAUCACCGGGCUCGCAGCCCUAACCACCGCUCCACUUCCCAAUGCCGUUCGUGUGCUCGCCGCCACUCGGGACUGCCGCUCAACCCAGAACGAGCAGCUCCAGGACGCGACCAGGACGGGACAACGAUGCCCGGCGACCUCCGAUGGCGAGGGUGUUUUGUGUUUUAACACGGAGCUGCCGCAGCGACUCCCGACCACUGCGUUCGCGCCGACUUGCUAUUGGACGUAACGCGGCAAGUCGCGGACAAACCAAACCACUCCGCGUGCGCGAGGAGUGGUUUGGGGGGGCCGGUAGGGCUGCCGAGUGAGGAUUAGGGGGGGCAACCGGAAUCGUGAUACACCGCUUAAGAGAGGAGUGAACUUUGGUGACGUUUGGUGGUGCAGGGCCUACCCGAGCGCCAGCCCUGCCCGCACCGUGUCCCGCGUGCGUGCUCAGUAGCUGUUGAGGCUAAUUCCACCUCCACGCCACCGCUGCUGCAAAAUUAAUUUAUUUUUCCGUCGAUUUGAAACCAAAUGUUUAACGAACGAACGCAAA